AACGCUUUCCUAAUCAAGACGCUUGUCUUUGUUAUCGAGGCAAGGAUUUCUGAAAUGUCGCCGAAAAUACACAUUUACAGUUUGUCGUGGCUUUUUUUAAUGUAAAGAGAGGGGCUGACUCUUCGGUGGGCAGAGACUUGUUUUUGUAGGGGCGGGGCGAGAUCUGCUAGCAUAGUUGGCUAACAGCCUAACCUCUGUGUAACAACAAUGGUCGGCUGUAUUUUCACGUGCGUUUUUAUUAUUUUGUCACGCUGUCACCCGUAUAGUUAACAAAAACAACAGCCUGGCUCUCGUCCUCGGUUAAACACCAUGGACCCUGGCGGAAGUGAAUUGGACUCCAGUCUGCCUCAACCAGAAAAUCCGUGUUUGAUCGUGGAGGACUCCCAGCCGGACAGCGUCGCUUUGGAGGACGAUCCAGAGACCAGCUAUAGAACGCUGUUGGCCCGCCGCUUGUCUAACUUGCAACCCACUUCCCGUAGCCCCGUUCUGGAACUGAUUUCUUCUCCACCAGGAAGCAUAAAUUCUCAGACAGACAGCCAGCCAGAGAGCUUCCAGAGUAUCAGUCUGGUUAAACCAGUUACUAACUCUAUUUCAACAGUCCAGGAGGAAAGCCAAGUUAUAAACAUUUGCCCUCCUCCAAACAAGAGAAGGGGUGAAGCAGAAGAUCCAUGUGUGGAUUCUGGAGCUGAUUCUACAACACACUGCAGUCAGCACGAAGAGGGAACCUCUCAGUUUGGUUUCCUCGAGCUUUCUCAGAGUCAGGAUCAGUACAGCAGCAAAGUGAUGAACAAUCAACAGGAAACCAUUCCCCCCCAGGAGAGUGAGAAAUGCACAAAAACAGAGCAGAACAUUAGCUCCAGGACUUCAGGAAGUCCAAACAACAACUCUGUGAGGUCUGAGGUGAGCUCCAGCAGCUCAUCGGACUCUGGGACUCACCCUGUCAGAAUGAUAAGCGUCCAGGUUUUGCUGCACUCACAGGGCCUUAAGGACUCUGGUGAGCCAGAGCAACAAGACUCUGAGAUCAUGUCUUCACAAGAAGACUUGUUUGAAGCUGACAAAUCAGGUGUUGGAGUCGACAGUACGAUGUCUGAACCAGAGCAGCAGGUCCCCCCAACAUCAACGCCAUCCCACACACUGCGCUUGCUGCAUCUCUCUGGACAGGAAACCCUGGUUAAGGAAAGUCUGUCUCAAAGCUCAGUUGAUUAUGUAGCCGCAACCCCAGACAAAUUCUCCCAUACUCCCCUCAUUGUUCCCAGCUCGCCAACAGGACCUGAGAAUGGACAUGAUGCUGACGAACCAAUGGAUACUUCUUUGCCUCCAGAUGAUCUUGCAGGGACAAAAGCAAGUCAAACAGAUGUGGCCUCCAAACCCCAGCCUUCUGCCUCAACCCCUGUAUCUCAAAGUUGCCCUGGCUUUGGUUUGGAGAGAACUUUGUCAAUACCUUCCCAACCAGAGUUUUCUCAUGAUGUGUUUGUCCCAACACAGAGCCAGGAUUCUGCAAAAUCUUCAGAUAAAAAGUCAGCUUCUCUUCUUAAGGAUACAUCUUCUGAGUGUUUAGAAUCCACUUCCUUCGCAUUGCCUUUGGAACUUUCUGUACACACAGAAAAUAGUGGCCAAGCUCAGCAAACCUCAGAGAAAGUUGAUGACGACAGUCAGGCAACACAAAUUGAGGAGUUUGAAGAAUCGUCCUGUGUUGAUGUUUGUCACUCUGUGUCCUCAAACCAAGAGCAAAAAGUUCAGAGGAAUAAUGAUGUGACAAAUAACCCUGUUUUAUCUUCCACGGUCACUGAAUCACCGACACGUCAGAUUGACUGUGACAAGAUCGAGGUGUCCAGUGUGACGCACAAGACUGAAGUCCACACAGAGCCAGAAACUUCUUCAAGAGUUUCAAGUGUGAAGGUAAAAGAAACUACGAGUAACUCCGCUGACACAGUCUCCUGUUCACAACCAAAACUCAACUCCUCAGAUGGGAACGUUAGCGGCUGUGUGCAGGAGACGCCCUCAGACAUUACACCCUGCAGUUUGCCCUUACAGUCCAUGAGCUCUUCUGAAGACGUGGUUAGAUGUUCUGUGGAUGUAAAAGGUGGAGGACUGACCAACAGUCAGUCACAACACUGUGCAGUGGUAAUUAACAGCCUGGCUGACAACAGCAUGAUGGACAAACAGCAACAAGACGAGGCUAAUGAUGACGAGGAUGAGGAUGUGAUAAUGCUGGAGGAAGAAAAGGGAGACGAGGCUUCAGGAAUGGCUCUAGCUCUUUCCCAGAGUCAGAUGUUGUCUCCUGAGCCCAUGGAAGAGGACAGUGUUGACCAGGGACUGGACAGUGUUAUUGUGGUGACAGACAGUGAGAAAGAUUCCCAGGUUGUCAAAACAGAUGUGGUGCCACAGACUAACAGCCACCAGCCAGCCAUAGGCACCAUGCCUGUGUCUACUAAUGGUCACCAGACUGAAGAGAAGGAGGUGAAUGUGACUCCUGCUAGACUGUCACAGACUGAGAAAGUCAGCCCUGUACUGGAUGGACUGAAAGACAAGAGCCUCAGUGAUAGUUCAGGAGACAUUUCCUUUCACUUCACACUUCCCAAGGAAGGAGAGCUGAUUGGCCCGGCAGCUGCUGGAACACCUCCUCUUAUCAAACAGCUGAAGCAGACACUAAGGCACAGCACUCCCAUUGACAUGACAUCUAUUUCUGAUAAAACAGACAUGGUAGCUGGCUCUCCAGAUGCAGCGAUGGCUGCGAGUGACAUCAUGCCUGCUGAAGCUCAGGAGGACCUGAUGGAUAGAGGAGAUGGCAAAUUGAGUUUGAGGAUGAAGCUUGUAACGCCUGUCGAAGAAGGCAGUUCUGAGUCUUUCAGCCUGCAGAAGCCGUCACUGACAGAGGAGAAUGGGUCUGUCAUCAAGACUACGACUGUUUCCAAGGCUGUAACCAGCAGCCCGUCAGUGUUCAGUCGAGUCAGGCAAGUGCACAGGCAGCAGAAGGGGAAGGACGAGAGUCAGCAUGAUGGAAACUCUACACUUGUCAGGGGGGAGCUAUUUGCUUCACCAUUGAUAAGCUCCCAGAUGUCCUCACUGGGUUGCAACAGCCUCCCUAACAGCCAAUCAGAGACUUCACAACAGGAAGUACUGAGGACACCUCAGAAGAAGCCCAGUAAUAACCCACACACUGCACAGCAGUCUGAGGAGAGACAAGGAGCAACAAAGGUUUCUGAGCCUACAAUCCCAAACAAUACAGAUGCUCAGAAGAAGGGGGUUUCCCAGCAUGCCAUUGACAGCACCGUUACAUUCAGUCUGUCCAACAAGCUCCAUCAGCGGACAGUCUCCCAGCAGACCAGCUUUGAUGCCCCAGGGCUGCACUCCCCCACUGGCAGGAGUGAACCAACGUCCCCAUCCUUCAGAAGAACCACCGGACCCUCCCACUGCAGACAUGUACGUACCAUCCAGGAAGUGCGGACCACCAUCACACGGAUCAUCACCGAUGUGUAUUAUGAGGAUGGCAAAGAAGUGGAGCGAAAAGUAACUGAGGAGAGUGAAGAGCCAGUGGUCCACUGUCAGGUUUUAGACGGGGACAUCUCUCCGUGUCGCACAGGGAGCAGCUCGGUGACCUCAGGUGACCUGGGCGACGUCAGCUCUCUCUCCUCUAAGGCCUCCAGUCUGCAGCACAGCUCAGGAGGAACCAGCAGCAGCACUGGCUUUACCAGGCCGCAGUUUAUUGUGCCAUCAAGUCGAGGGGCCAGAUCCUUUAGUCCCAGGAAGGGAGGUGGGCAUCAACAGAGGGGUCAACGGGGCCACAGGGCAGGGGCAUUUAUCAUGAAAGAUGGAGCCUAUGGUACCAUGGGCUCCCAGGUGUACAUCCCUCUGUCUCCUAGAGGAAGGGUGAGAAGGGGCCGACCCCCAUCCCGCUCCUCUCCAGCUAGGGGUCGUGGUAGUGGUUUACUCCAGAGACAAGGUGCUCAGGAGAACCAACCGUCCUCCUCUGAGGACGAGCCCUACGCCUGCCCUCUCCCCAUACUGCCUGUCAGCCCCACAGACGUUGAACUCCCUAGCCACUCUGAUUCACUCAGGUCUUCCCCAGAGGAGGCCAGCUUGGCUGGAAGCAGCUUUGUCGGCCUGCAGGUGGUGGCCAAGUGGUCGUCCAACGGCUACUUCUAUUCAGGCCGCAUCAUCAGUGAUGCCGGAGAGGGCAGGUACCGCCUACGAUUUGAUGACGGCUAUGAGUGCGAGGUGAUCGGCAAGGACAUCCUGCUUUGUGAUCCCAUCCCACUAGAGACCGAGGUCACUGCUCUGCUGGAGGAUGAAUAUUUUAGUAUUGGUGUUGUGAAGGGACAUAAGACAGAGGGUGUGGAGCUGUUCUACAGUGUGGAGAGAGAUGGCCAGAGGCAGUGGUACAACAGGACGUCAAUCAUCCUUUCACUGGAGCAGGGCAACAAGCUGAGAGAGCAGCACAGCCUCGGACCCUACGAACCCUCUACUCCCCUGGCAAAGGCCUCAGACAUCAGCCUGGAUAACCUUGUGGAGGGCAAGAGAAGACGUAGAGUGACCUCUGAAGGUCAGAAUACCACACCCAAUCGCAGCUCGUCCAGCAGUUCCCGUACUCCUGGAACAUCGAAGAGGAAACUGAGGACGGGCUCUGAGGACAACCAGACUCCAGCCAAGAGGGGUCGCAGGGGUCCAGGAGCUAGAGCUGUUCAGAGGGUGGGUGAGUGUAACACCUCGGGGAGCGGUACAGAUCUCCCGGGUCAGUCCACUGAUGUGUCAGUCACUCACGGCCCGCUGCCCCAGAACGCAUCCCUCUUCAUGGGCUUCGUGUUCAUGCUGACCGCUUCAUCUGAGACUGACCGGCUCAGCAACAAGAGCCCCAACAGUGACGAGGAGGAUAUCGUCCCGAGUGGCCCCUAUAACAAAACAUACACCGAGUCGCAGCUGCAGGCAGGUGGAGGCUUCAUCCUGCCGGACUUUAACGAGGAGCAGUGCAACGCAGCGUAUCAGAGCCUACUGAUCUCAGACCAGCACUGUCGUACCAGGAGGUACUUACUGUGUUUGGCCAGUGGUGUUCCAUGUGUCUCUCACAUGUGGGUGAGAGACUGCUGCAAAGAGAACAAACUCCUGAACUACAGGAAUUACCUGCUGCCUGCUGGUGUUGGACCAGACGACGGCAUCGUAGAAUGGCACCCACGCUGCAGCCCCUUCAAAACUCUGCGAGUUCUUCUUGUUUUUGAGAAACCAGUGGAGCUUUGGGCCCAGUUGAUUACCAUGGGUGGAGGUGCCUCAGUCCGACAGUUCCCGGGGGACAAGGACAACUUAGACAUUGCUUCUGGCAAGUAUGAUGUUGUGGUGACAGACCAUGCCUGUCCACCACUGGUGGAGCAAAAUUUGACAUCACAGGAAAUCCCACUGGUGUCUCCUGAGUGGUUAAUUCAGAGCAUCAUCAGCGGAGAGCAACUGGGCUUCCACAGCAGACCACAGUAUCGUCACGACUUCACUUCCUAAUCCACAUGUUCAAAAAGCCCUGGAGUGGUGUUAAAUGUUGAACAUUGUUGUUGCAUGUCCCUGCUGUACAUAAUUUUACUGUCUGUUUUUAUUGGAAAAUAAAUUGUGACUCUGGUUUCAUUUUAA